CUCACAAAUUGAAUUUCGUAUCUCAGCUUAUUUCUAUCAUGAAAUAAAUAACAAAUUUUCGACAAGUAUGGUGGAAGUGAAAGAAUUUGCAUGCUCCUUCAAAGCCGCUGAAAAACAUUGAAAUAUGAAUAACAAUGAGGAAAAUUAUACGUUAUGAUGACAAUAAACACUAACACCAACUUCAUUGUGUCGAUAGGUUGCCUUCUGAUGAAAAUAUUUGUUUUAUUUUCAAACGGUUAUUUAAAUAACAUUAACACACACAUAUAUUUUAUAAUUUAUAAUUUAAAUACAUGUAAACAUAGGGUAGUAUAAUAUACAUAUACGUCAUCACAUUAAAUGCUACAUGGCUCUAUGUAGACGCAAGUUCGUGUUUCUAGCUACGUUUACGUGUGAACAAGUAAUUUGACACAUAUAUGUUUGUAUGAAUGUUUUGAAAGAAGGAACCCAUUCCUACCGAUGGAAAAGACGUUACUGAGUUCUUACACAAUGUGAAGGAGAACACUUAACAAGUGGCUGUUCAACUUACAAUAACUUUCCACGCAGAUAUUAAUUGUUUUACAUUCCAAUAUUGUUUCGUCUUUUUUUUAUUAAUAAAGAUUUUUAAAUAAUGAAAGUUAGUCAUCAAAGUCAGUUGUUGAAAUUAUUGAACACCUGUGAAAAUUUAAAAUCCUGUUAUAUUAUUUAAUAAGAAAACGUUGGGAAGGAAACAAUUAUAAGAGUCACUGAUUGGUUGAGAGGUUUUUGGGAAAUGAGAAGAAAUAGUGGACCAAUACAGCAAUGGGUUAAUUCUAUUCCAUCAGUGAUUGAUAAAACGGCAGCUGAAACUAAUAUUGAGUCAAAUGAAAGUUUAUUAUCAUCAUCCAGUCAUUUUAAACAGGUGUUAACUAAAGCUCCAACCAUGACUUCCUACGCAACCAAAUCAGCACCUAAUUCACCAGCAAUUACCAUGUCAAAUAUUUCAAACUUAGCUGGACAUAAUCGUUUAGCACGAGAUCCAAGUUUUCAAUCAGAUAGCAGUCAUUGUAGCAGUGUUGAAAGUCUUUUAGAAUUAAGGAAACCAGACCCAGAAGCAAUAUUAAUAGAUCUAGGUUUUGGUGGCUGCUCCGGUAAUUCCCAAACAGAUAGUCCACUUUCUCGAAUUCCUAGAAGAUUCUUACAACCAUCUAAACUUCGUGGAAUAGCAAUUGAAGACUUUAUAAAACAACAACAAGCAACGAGUGAGUCUAUAGAUUCGACUUUCUUAGGAUACCGAGGUCUUACUGGGUCACCAUACAUAGCACCAUCCGAAAUAGUCCAAAAAAUCAUGCAACGUUUACGUGAACACGAAAGUCAUGAACUUGAAACCUAUCCGAAUAAUAAUUCAGAAUUAUACUAUCAGAAUAUAUCUCUACCAGACGGAAGAUUUUCGGUAUUGUCUCCAGACAAUAGAGAAUACCUUGAGGAACAACGUUCAAAAAGUCCUGACACACGAAAGAAACGUAUAAUUAUAGGACAAAAAUCUUUUGUAUUUGAUGGAGAAGGUGAUCUGAUCGAAGUAAAAUCAAGAAGCACCAAUGAUUCUACUUCAAAUAAUAAUAAGAAUACUGAUUAUCCAAAUAAUUCAAUAAUUUCAUCAUUUGAACUAGAUACAACAAAUAGUGAUGAAGUAAAUGAUCAAUUAAUAUGUAAUAAUUUGACUGAAGAUAAAAAAGAAAAGCGAGAUACUAAUUUACAAGGAUCAACACAUAUUGAAGAAACAGAGUCAUCUGAUUCACACUCGGAGACAGAAUCUUACUUAAAUGAAUACAGUUCAAUGAUAGACAGUAAAAAAGAAUAUUCUCAAGAAAAUAAUAAUUCUACUCCUGAUAAUUUUAGACAAUCAAAAGUAAUUGAUAAUUAUCUUAAUGAAAAUGAAUCUCCUAGUGAAGUGAUAGAUAAUAUUAGACGGACUAGUAAUAGCUGUGAUAGCCAAACGGAUUCUACAAUACAUAACGGCAAUAAUGUUAAUCAAUUAAAUAAUGAAGGAAUUCAAAUGGAAUCGGAGAGAAUUGCGAAAAAAAGACGAAGUCUUCAACGUCAAGCUAGAAUUGAUGUACCAUCAUCAUCUACUGAAUUCGAGGAUCUUAAUUCAAUAGUAGAUGGUAUAAAUAUAUUAGAUGAUGAACAAAUGUCUGCAUCUAACAUUCCAGAUGUAGAAUUAGAAAAUCCUAUUAAGCAAAAAAUCCAUAAUCAAAAGAGAUGUGAUGCGUGUCGUAAAAGUGAUGAAUUAACGAAAAAAGGUAAACAUGAUACUGAAGUACAAGAUUGUUGUCAUCAUACAUAUAGUCCAAGUUGUUGGAGAAAGAUGCGAAAGAUAAUGAAAAAGAAUGAAAAAUUAGAAAAUAUGAUGGCAAGAAAUCGGCAAGAAAUGGCGGAGAUCAGAGAUAUGCUAAGCAAUGUAUUAUCUGUAAAGAUGGAACCUGGAUUUUAAUUUGAUUGAUAGUAAUCUAAGAAAGUACGAAAAUUUUACGAUUUAUUAUGAGGUUUAUUUACUUAUAGAGAUAUAUUUUACUUAAAAUUGUAAAUUUUUGACAAUUUAUUAAUUAUACAGUGAUUAAGUUCUUAAAAUUUUGCUACUGAUUUUUGAAAAUUUAUUUUUUAUUAGAAUAACAUAGCGGGAAAUGUUUGAUAUUUCAUAAAUUUAGCUAAAAUUAUGUCCAAGAAAGUAAUAUAUAUAUGUAUA